AUGAAAAUGUAUUUCCCAAAUCAUAUUCGACCAUUAAGUUUUAUUCUAAUAAUUUCGGUAGAAAGGGUCUCUUCUCAGCAACAAAAUAGAACCUAUACUAAAACUCCUGAUUAUCCAUAUAAUGAUAAAACCGGUUUCUAUUUGCUAACGAUCCUAUCUUUAAUUUUUCAACAAUUGAGCCUUUUAGGUUGUCUUUACGUCUUUUACGGAACGUACCGUCGAUGGCGAGAUUCGUCGGGAAGCCUUCCGAUGGCAUUAAAGAUACCGUUCUACUUUGCAGUCACCGAUUUCUUACUAUAUACCAUGAAUUUUCCGAACAUUUUGUUCUUAUUGAUGUUCCGCCAUGCGUGGCCUGAUCCAGUUUGUCCAAUAAUUGGAUUCAUGACUAGUUUCUACGCAGCAUUAAAUAUGAUACUUCAUUUAAUGAUAUCAAUUAUGACAUACGUUAGAUUGUGUCAUAAUGAGAAUUUCUCAUCAGGAGUAUAUGAUUGGAAGCUUUUGCUAAUCGUAAUCUCAACUUCGAUGUUGUUUGCGUUAGUCCCAACGUAUUCUUAUGGAGUGGACAUAUGGUGGUGUUCUAUCUCGCGUGAAAGGGAUUCGAAAGUGGCUUAUCUAGCCAUAAUUGUCACCUUUGGUGUUGUCCUCAUAAAUGCUUUUUGUUAUAUUAGUGUAAAGCGACAAAUUCAUGGGAUUGAACACUCUUUACAUCGUAAAUGCGUUAAGAAAUUUGUAACUUACGUUUCAAUAUUCGUACUUCAAUGGUUUUUCUCAUUUCCUAACCACAUUACGCGAUUAAUUGCUGAUAGGAGCGUAUGGACGUUUGUAUUAUAUGUGGUAUCCAUGAAUUUUGGAGGGAUAUUAAACGGCUUUCAAUACCACAUGUCUGAAGGUUGGCCUGUAAAAAACCAAGAUGAUCAACAACCCAUCAUGCGUGUUGCACCACCAUCGUCUCUCACUUCUGUAAUAUCUCAUUCAACAACAUAA